CAAGGUUCUUGUAACAAAAUGGCGUCCAAACGGAAGCAAGAUGAUAAACAUCUCAAAAUUCUUCGCGAAAUGGUGGCCAAGGAGCACAAUAAAACAUGUUUUGAUUGUCAUCAAAGGGGGCCAACCUAUGUGAAUAUGAAAAUAGGAUCAUUUGUUUGUACAUCAUGUAGUGGAAUUCUACGAGGUAUUAAUCCGCCACAUCGUGUCAAGUCAAUAUCAAUGGCAAGUUACUCUCCAGAAGAAAUAGAAUUCUUACAGAAUCAUGGAAAUGAGGUGUGCAGGCAAAUAUGGCUUGGUUUAUACGAUUCAAAAUCCAGAGCGGAACCGGAAUCAAAAGAGGAACAGAAAGUCAAAGAUUUUAUGAUUCAAAAAUAUGAGCGCAAACGCUGGUACGUAGAACCUAGUCAGGCAGCUGCAGUAGCCAAUCAGAAAGCAAAAGAACAAAAACAAAAAGAAAAAGAAGCGGCAGAAGCAUCCAGUCGUUUUCCAGAACCUAAACCGUUGAAAUCACUCAUCUCAGAACCACCAAAGUUAGUAGUGGGUAGACAGAAUAAGUCAUCACCAAAUAGGAAACCUGUAGGCAGUAUAGCAACUCCUCUUGCAGAGGCUCCGGUACCGCCAGUAGCCAAACCUUCAACGGAUCUGCUGGCAGACCUAGGUGGUGAUCCUUUUGGCAGUGCUCCUUCAGCCGGUGGAAGUGCAGGAGGAUUUGCAGACUUCGGUGCGGCAUUUGGUGGUACGCCGUCACCAUUUGUAGCCCAGCCAACACAAUCGACACAACCAUUUGGUGCACAGUCAAGCCAACAGGCAGUCGGUGGUGGAUUCAGCCAACAAACACAACCUCCACAGCAAAAUGCUGCAAUAGCAGCAUUCAUGCAGCAGAGCCAAGGGACAAGUAGUAACCAGGGUGGAUUUGCAUCAUUCCCAGCCACCUCAUCCACACCAUCAAACAUCAAUCAGACAAGCCAGGGUCUUCAAAACCUUAACAUAUCACAGCCAGCUGCAUCAUCUACAUCUGACAAGUAUGCAGCAUUAUCUAGUCUUCUGGAGUCCAGUUCCAGUGCCGACGCCAGCAUUAAUUGGGGAGGGGGUGGUACUUCGUCAAGUUCGUCGAUCGACUGGGGUAUUAGUGGGAAUUCAUCCAGUACUUCAUUAGGAUCUGCGAAGAGUACACCACCGACGAUGGUUGGUGUUGGAGGACCGGGUAUGAAUGCUUCCAAGUUUGGUGGCGCCACGCAGGGAAAUAAUUUUAGCAGUGCAUUUGGGACGCCACCGUCAUCAAAUGCCUUUGGUACGCAGCCAGGUAUGAAUGCUUUUGGAGUGCAACAACAAACAAAUGCAUUUGGAACACAGCAAACAAGUGCGUUUGGUGCUUCUCAGGCCAUGAACGCUUUUGGAGCUGUGCCAAUGUCAAAUGCAUUUGGAGCAACUCCGAACACUAAUACAUUUGGAGCUCAAAAGCCAAAUCCAUAUGGACAAGCAUCAGUAAAUAAUCCAUUUGCUGGGGUUGGAGCUCCAACACAAUCAACCGCGAGUAACCCCUUCUUAGGAAUGGGAUCUACUGGUCAAAUGCCACAGUCAAAUGGAAUGUAUGGUGGCGGAGGGGCUGCUGCAGGGCAGCCAGGCUUUGGACAAUUUGGUGCCGGUCAAGCCGGCAGCCAGUUUGGCAUGCCCGCCCAAUCACAAAUGAACGGUAAUUUUACGCAAAUGCAACAACAGACAAUGAGCUUCGGCGGAGUAGGAAUGACAGCAAUGGCUGCCAACCAGUUUGGUAAGCCACCUCAAAAUCCAGGGUUCGGGCAGCAGGCAUUUGGUGGAACAGCAGCUGCACCAGUAGCAGCGGGUGGUUUUCAGUCAUGGAACAGCCAUCCACAACCUGUUGGAGCGUCCGCUAGUAACCCAUUCAUGGGUGGAGGUUUUAUGUCACAGUCUGCUGCCCCCAAGCCUCAAGGAAGUUCGAACAAUCCAUUCCUGUAACAUAGCUACCAUUACCAAGAAUAUAGAAGCAAGAACAACUAACAAAAUGCCAGACCUUGUUUGCCAAUUUAUUGCUUAAACAUAAGCUCCAAGCUUUUCACCAAUGAAUGUCAUCUACUUUCAAAAAAAGCAAUUUUAAUUGUAAUUAAUGAAGAGCAACUAAAAACAUUGUACAAGUAGAUUUCAUUUUAAAUGUCAUGAACUUGACAAAAAUUGGUCUUAAAUUCCUAACGCUUCGUCUCACACACAGAUCUACAAUACAAUAUUAUUCUUUUACAUAUUAUAUAAUAUCUGUAUGUAUAUUAAUUCGACUAAUGUGUUAUUGUUGAGACAUGAGCCAACAAUUUUUGAAUUGAUUUUGGCAAAUUUGAUUGUCUCUUUACUGUGGUAUGUAAUAAGUCAAUUCAUGGUUGGAGCUGUGCAUGCUCAUAUCCAAGGUCAAGUAAGGUCAAUCAGCAUAAGCCUAUGUUGUGUGUAUGGCAUCGAUUGACUUUUAUAUACGAGGAUGCGCGUUUCUAACUACGAUUUGGAUUAUUUGGUUCUAAACAUGUGAUCUGGUGAGGUUAAAGGUCAUGAAAUUUUUGCAUUUUUUGGACUGGCCACAACUUGAAGUGUUUUUAUAAAUUCUGAUCCAAUUUUUUCCAAGUCGAAUAACAAGAUGUGCCAGUUGUCAAAAAUAAUUGCUCUGAAAAUUAUUCUGGUAUUUUGGUGAUCAUGUGAAACUAAUCGAUCAUUCUAUUUGUAAAUAGUUUAUAUUAUAUUGCACUCUAAAAUAUGUAUUGUUCAAAAUUGCCUCUUUCUAGUUAAAUGUAAAAAAGUGUAACAGUUUAAGAAAAAAUAACCUGGAAAGAGGAAAAUAAUCUGUAUUACUACUUCCCAUAAAAAAUCCCAACAUAUUUGCCGUUCCCAGGACAUAGUAACUUUUUAAACGUCCUAUCACAAUUUUACAAACUAAUUACAAAAUGUUAUAAAUAAAUGGCAAUUACAACAGGAGUCAUAAAAUAUGAUAAUCCAAUAUUAAUACAUUGUGGCAUAUACACCAAAGGAUUCUUUGGAUUCAACACCAACUUGCACUCAUCACACUCACUCAAGCUGUGGUCUGCCCAACAGAUGAGAGAUUGGUUAUGGUAUGUGUCAAACUAUUAUCUCGCUCUCUACUCUCAACACCACUUUUUAAGACCUGUCCAAAAUGCGAAAGUGGCAUGGGGUCUUUCAUGCUAGCAUUUUGUCCCAAGUGGCACUUGUAGUCUGCUUACACCCCAGUGUGACCUCUUUAGUGUGCUUGAAUAGACUGUUACUGUACAAGGCUGGCAUCUUGUACCAAGUUGCAGCCAUCCUCUAUCUCAAUGGACAGAGUUAUUUUAUUAUAUUAAGACAUUAGGAAACACUCUAGUAAUUUUUGGGCAUGUGUUGGUUGAAUUGUAUUGUGGUUGAUUUAGGUUGCUGAUUUUUACACUGACCUGUUUAAUUGUUCUUCCAUUCCCAAAGCUGUAAUAGACCUUUCCGGGCAACUGAUCGAUCAGGACAGGUCCAGGAAUAUGCGCAUAUGUUACCAACGCACGCCUUGUCCCACAAUAGCAUACAUUUAUGCUUUUGUUUCGUUUGACCUUAGCAACAUCAUCUAAGGGUGGGGCUUAGCAAGAAGGUGCAUUGGGGUCAAGAUAAAAGCGACCAAUUAAAUGUAAAUUUAAAUGAAAAACAUUACAUUUAUUGAUGUUUUCUUCCAUUAUAUGACACCACACUGUAUCUGAAGCAAAAUACAAACUUCUGUAGUGUUAAAACAAGUAGAGAUAACAAGGCUAUUGUUUGUUGGAACUAUGAAAAAAUAAUGAUGGGGGAAUGGUGUAUGGAUGUAAUGCUUAGUCUUCACUAUCACAUUUUAUGUGACAUAUUUGUGUUAUGUGCCCAUAUAUGGGCAUGAUGAUGUCAUAUAACACCCAAUUAUAUGUAGGAGCAUGUGGCGCAGUGCGUAAGGUAUUGGACAUCCGAUCGUGAGAUCAGGAGUUCGAGACCGAGGCUCACCGCGCUGCUUGUGUCUUUGGGCAAGACACUUUACUUACCUUUGCCUCUCUUUGCCCAGGAGUAUAAGUGGGAGGGUCAUGCUGUUAACCUGCUCGUUGAUGACCCUGCUACGACUGUUCCAGUCAAAUUAAUAACAGAAACUAGAUUUCAAUUCAUAUCAUACGCAAGAAGAUGAACCAAAAUAUAUAUAAACAAACAUAUUUUUCUGUCGCAUAAAAUUUGAUGGUGUUGACAUAACUUUAGUGUUUAAGACAAAUGGAGAUAUCAAGCCUACUGUGUGCGAGACAGUUGAAUCUAUGUAAAAAUACAGAUGGGAAUAGGUUAUGAAUGUAAACAUUGAAAAAAAACGAUCAAAACAAAGCCAGAUUGUCUAUUAUUUAAAGCUGUACUGUCUGGUUUGUCUACUAUCUAAAUUCCAACCCUAAAAUUUGUAUUGUGUAUUUAUGUAUGUAGUUAGCUUCAAUUUGAAAUUUAGAAUAAGAAAGUAAAUUCCUUGCCAUCAUAAUAGAAGUAAUUAAGGCCCAAAAAAAAAAAAAAAAAAUUGUGUUGGCCACGUUUUAGGAAAAUACACAAAUAAUACAACAAUUUUGGACUCGCAUCGCGUACCAUCCAUCAAAAUAGGCUAGCCUUGGCCUCCUGGCCUUGCCAAAGCUAUUCCAGCCUUAUUUGCUCAUAAAAAAUAUUGUUUGUUGUCAAAAAAAAA